AUGAAAAUUGUGAACCAGCUUACUUUUCUUGGAGAAGUGAUUUCUGAAAAUAAAGUUGUGGUGCAAGUGUUAGUGAGUCUGUCGAAAAAGUUUCAGGUAAAGAUCUCCUCAUUGGAAGAUUUGAAAGACAUGAGCACCAUGACCAUUUCAGAGCUUUCAAACUCCUUACAAGCUGUGGAAUUGAGACAAGCAUUCAGAGAUAAAGUUAUAGUAUAUGAAGGGGCUUUUGCUGCAAACCAAACAACAAAAAUGCAUGCUGGUUCUAGUUCAAAUAAGCAGCAAUUUGGUAAAAAAGGGAAAGAAAAGAAAGAGAGCUUUGAUAGAAGGCAAAAAGGGAAGAAAAGUAAAUUUCCACCUUGCCAACAUUGUAAAAAAACCAGCCACACAGAGAGGUAUUAUUGGUAUAGACCUGAAAUGCAAUGUAAAGGGUGUAAAGAAUUUGGUCAUAUGGAGAAAGUAUGCAAGAACAAGGGUAAAACAAAUCAGCAACAAGCUCAAGUUGCUAAAAAAUUACAGGAGAAGGAAGAGCAACCUGAGGAGCAGUUGUUUACAACAAACUGUUAUAGAACUCAACUCUACUCUCAAACUUGGUUAUUAGACAACGGAUGCACCAAACAUAUGACUUCAGAUGAAAGUCUUUUUGUCAACUUGAAGAAGAGCAAAAUCUCUAAAUUUAAAAUUAGAAAUGGGGAGUAUUUGCAAGUGAAAGGAGUUGGCACAAUUUUUGUCAACACAUCAUCAGGUACAAAAAUGAUUAAUGAUGUCUUAUUUGUGCUUGGUAUAACUCUCAAUUUAUUGAGUAUUGGUCAGAUGCUAGAAAAGAAUUACUUUUUAAAAUUUGAUAAUAAAAAAUGCUUUGUGUAUGAUUUGGAUGGGGUUGAAUUAAUGAUAGUCAAAAUGAUGCAUAGAAGCUUUUGUUUAGAGUUAAGUGAGUUGAAUGCUCAAACAUUUGUUAGUAGUGAUCAGGAGUCAGUUAAAUGGCAUAAAAGACUAGGCCACUUUCAUGGAAAAGGGCUCAAACUUUUGCAUGAAAAAGAGCUCACUGUUGGGGUGCCAAAAGUGGCAAUGAUAGAAAGAGUAUUUCAAGCUUGUCAAUUAGGCAAGCAAACCAAACUCUCAUUCUCAAAGAAUGAAACAUUGAAGGCCAAAGAGAAACUAUAA